CGGAAUUCGAGACUAAAAAACGCAGAUCGUCGUUGAGUAAUAGAGGAAAACGAUUGUCGUCAGUAGGCAACGGUUUUAUUGCCGAGCCAGACCGCGAAAUACCCGUCGAGGAACUAUAUAAGCAUGUGUCACAAGACCUACCGGAUCCGCACAAAAUGAGACAACUGAUGGUGUGGUGUGCUAAAAGAGGAGCAAGUAAAGCUCCCAGAAAGAAAAUCAGUACCGCAGAGAGCAUAGCCAAUGUGAUAGAAGAUGAACUAAUCAGAGACAUAGCCGACGGGAAGAUAAAUACGAGUUGGUGGCUGGCAGAAGACGAUGUCGACGAAGGCGACCUUGGCAGUAACGCAAACCUUAAUAAGCCAAUCAUUGUUUUGCCCAACAAGGCCAAUCAAGAAAACAUGCACACGCUUGAACUGUAUGAAAAGAAGCUCGCGGAACUUAAUAAAGAGGAGGCCCAGUGGAUGGAAGUCAGAAAUAUAGUUAAACUGCCCAAAAUUCAGGUUGAUGCACCACUACAACAUGAUAAUCUUAUACAAGAGAAACUGGGCGAAAUUGUGAAUCAACUAGAGUCAUUGGAGUCCUACAAAGCACGACUGGACAAACUUCGUCUACUGCGUGUUCUGGAAAACAUCAAGCUGAUGGUGCAUAAACUAAAGCAGUCUAAAAAUGCAAUCAACACAUUGACUGAGGCUACAAUCCGUGAGAUAUCGCGCAAGAUGACUCAACUGAUUGACCACGACAACGACGGCAAUAAAGUGUCGUCGCUGGAUUUGCUCAAAGGGUUUUCUGAGCUGGGGUAA